AUGGAGAUCUUCAACCUCUCAAAGUUGAGCACGAUGUCACUUUUACAAAAUCAACUAUCAGGCAAUCUUCCAUCAACAUUCGGUUAUAGGCUUCCCAAUUUAGAAUACCUUGAUCUCGGCAUUAAUCACCUUUCUGGAGCAUUACCUAGUUCAAUCUCAAAUUCUUCUAAUCUCCGUCGCAUAGAAUUGGGUGAUAACAAGUUCACGGGUCCAAUUCCCACUUCCGUGGGAGACCUGAGGUUCCUUGAACUGCUGGAGCUAAGUGGCAACCUUUUAGGGAGCGACUCCUCAUCUCCAGAGUUGAGCUUCAUCACUUCACUGACAAAAUGCAAAUAUUUGUCAAUAUUGGUCUUGGGUGGCAAUCCAUUGAAUGGGAUCAUUCCAAACUCGGUCAGUAAUCUUUCAACUUCCCUUGAACAACUAAAUGCAACGAAUUGUAAAAUAAAGGGUAGCAUUCCUGAUGGAAUAGGAAACUUGACAAGUUUGAUCCUAUUAGAUCUAUCAAACAAUGACUUAACUGGGUCUUUGCCAGCUACAAUAAAAGAUUUGCAAAAGCUUCAAUACAUGGAUCUCAGUAUGAACAAACUAAUUAGCAGAGUUCCCCUGCAUUUUCUUUGUGCUCUCCACAACUUGGAUACAAUGAACCUUGGACAAAAUCAAUUUAUGGCCUCAAUUCCAAAGUGCUUCGGAAAUCUUACUUCCCUAAGGCAUCUUGACCUAAGUUACAACAAACUACAUUCUGCUCCACCAGAGGAAAUAUGGAACCUAAAAGAUCUCUUGAUGCUUGACCUCUCCUCAAAUCUGCUGAGUGGAUCUUUGCCGUAUGUUGUUACGAAUAUGAAGAUGGCAAAUUGGGUAGAUUUCUCAACCAAUCAGUUCUCAGGUGGCAUUCCUGAUUCAAUUGGAGAUAUGCAGAACCUGCAAAAUCUUUCUUUAGCACACAACAGAUUGCAAGGAUCAAUCCCAGAAUCGAUUGGUAAGGUGUUCAGCUUGGAAUCAUUGGAUCUAUCACAUAACUUUCUCUCUGGAUCAAUUCCAAUGUCGAUGGAGAACCUUCGGUAUCUUAUAUAUAUCAAUCUCUCUUUUAACAAUUUGAGUGGUGAAAUUCCAUCCAAAGGGCCAUUUAAAAACUGCACUGCCGAAUCCUUCACUUCAAAUCAAGCCCUCUGUGGAGCUCGAAGGUUGCUUGUGCCUCCAUGCCCAAUUAUUUCAGCUCACAGAUCAAGAACAAAAAGAGUGCAUCGAACCAUUUUUAUUUCACUCGGGGUAAUAAUAGCAGUGGGAGCCUUGUCCUUUGGAUUUGUUUACCUGAGAUAUCGAAAGAAAGAUGAAUUUUCCAGUGGAGCAGAUUUAUCCUUAGUUGCAAUGCCAGAAAGAAUUUCAUAUUUUGAACUACUACAAGCAACUAAUGGGUACAAUGAAAGCAAUUUGUUGGGUGCUGGAAGCUUUGGAUCUGUUUAUAGAGGUACUCUUGAUAAUGGAAGGGCUGUGGCUGUUAAAGUGUUCAAUUUACAAGUCGAUGGAGCAUUCAAGAGUUUUGAUGUAGAAUGUGAGGUGUUGCGCAAUCUUCGCCAUCGAAACCUCACAAGAGUCAUUAGUAGCUACUCUACCCCUGAAUUUAAGGCAUUAGUGCUUCAGUUCAUGCCGAAUGGGAGUCUUGAGAAGUGGUUGUAUUCGCACAACUAUUUUCUGGAUCUGAUGCAGAGAUUGGACAUAUUGAUUGAUGUGGCAUGUGCAUUGCAAUAUCUCCACUGUGAGUAUUCAACUCCAACAUGGUUGCCCUUCUAA